AUGGGAUCGAGGGGGAUAGUCGUGAAGUGUUCUCUGCUUGUCGAUGUAGUAUCUUCGGCUUUUUUGGAAAGACAAAAUAUCGGACCUCGUUGGGUUUUGGUCAACAGCCUGAACUUGUUUUGCAGACGCAAGAGCAUGACCACCCCCCAUUCCUGCCGCAUGGUCCCGAUAGCGCCACGCGUAACUUCAGAAAAGGAAAACAGCGUUACCGUGUUCUGGUCUCCAUCUCAGUUCUGUCAAGAGCAUGGAGACGUCUCUCGAGUCGUCUGUGUGUCUCUAGAUUUUUGUGUACACAUGCAUGUGCUUCAGUAUUCCAUGCUUUUGCCUGACGUUAUGAAUGCACUACACCCUACAAGAGUGUGUGGCUUCGAAUGCAUCCAAGGGUCUCUUCUGAAUCUGCGGAACUGUAGGGUUAUCAGCGCUUUGCUCUGAAACUGGGAACCGCUGUUGUUUGCUAAGUGUCCUUGCUGACUGCCUCGAACAAAACUAUCAUUCAAAGUGAAGAGGAGCGUGAAGCUCCUAUCAGUGACGAUGCUCAAUUUCUCGUGAGAAGACGUGGCAGUAAUUGCGCGGGUAUGAGCUUUCGUUUUUGACCUACCUGUUGCAUUUGGCGUGUUAAUAGACAAUAGUCACUUGAUACCGUUUCACGCGUGCCCAGGCCACCCCAAUUUUAGGUGUAUUUAUUCCUGACGACUACGCGCAACUUCCACUUUUCAGUGACAUCAUGUGCUACAUAACCACGACGUAGAGCGACCUAGCGUAACGUGUCUCGGUUUCCCCCCCUUUGGGCGUAUAUUCCGGGCUAUGGAUGCAACGAUUGGGACCGCGGUCCACACGCAAUAUCAUCGGUUGGUA